CGCCCUGGGCCGGCGAGAGGGGAGGCGGGGUCCUUUUCUAGGUCGGUCGCGCGGGCAGGGGUUGUAGGCAGCUCGAUCCGGGAGUCAUGUAUUACAAGUUUAGUGGCUUCACGCAGAGGUUGGCUGGAGCAUGGGCUUCGGAGGCCUAUAACCCGCAGGGAUUAAGGCCCGUGGUUUCCACAGAGGCACCGCCUAUCAUAUUUGCCACGCCUACUAAACUGACCUCCAGUUACCCGACAUACGACUACGCUGGGAAGAACAAAGUUCCGGAGCUGCAGAAGUUUUUCCAGUGCCCCGCCGCGGGCCGGGCGCGUUCCCCGGCGCUGUGCUCGCUGUCGUGUCGAUGCGGCGCCGCGCAGGCUCUCCUUUAUAUUUAAAAAUGUUACGGCUUUAAAUCAUGAUUUAUGUUGACGGGAAUAAACGCGUAAAUGAACAUUCAA